AUGUGGUUUGCCAGCCUUCUUCUUCUGGGGUCUCUGGUGUCUUGUGGCGUCUCUGCCACGAUCAAACCAGCAAAAUACUACUUUGACAUAUGCCACACUUCUGAUCCUAAAUAUAACGAUUGUGUCAAGAAAACAUUGGAGAAACUGAAACCCCAAUUGAUUAAAGGAAUACCAGAUCUUAAUCUGCAAUCUGUCGAACCGCUUCACAUCCCCAAGAUCGAGCUGUCAGAAGGAAACGGAAACUUUCAGAUGAAACAGAAGUUGACCAAUUUGUAUAUCCAUGGUACCAGCAAUUACACACUCGAAGAUCUUAGCAUCAAUGUUGACGGAAGAGAGAUGAAUUAUACCAUGACCUUUCCCUUGUUGGAGUUCGAAAGCGAUUACGAACUUGAUGGCCAGAUAUUGGUAUUGCCAAUAAAAGGUGAAGGAAGGGCAAACUAUAAUUUCACCGACGUGACAAUCAGAGCUUUCACAAAAAUAGAAACAUUCAAGAAGAAAGGUAAAGUUUAUGUCCGCAUCAAGAGUUACAGUCUCAAAAUAGAACCUACAGAUGUGCACUUGCAUUUUUCGAAUCUAUUCAACGGAGACAAAGUCUUAGGUGAUUCCACGAAUAAAUUCCUCAAUGACAACUGGAGAGAUGCUUACAACACAUACAGAGAUUUGCCGGAAAAUGCUUUCGCUCAGUAUUUGAAAGUCAUCACUAAUAACGUGUUCGAAAAGUUUCCGGCUGAAGAAAUCUUUCCGAAAUAG